CGCUCUGAAAAUCAGAAGAGAAUCAGCAGCCGCUCCCCUUUAUACGUAUCAAACUAAAUUUAGAGAUGGAUUCCCAAAUCAAGUUUGCUGUGGUGGUGAAAAAUAUGGGCAAAACAGGGUCCAGAGGUCAGGUGACUCAAGUGAGAGUCAAGUUUUUGGAUGAUCAUAACCGUUUCAUUAUGAGGAAUGUUAAGGGACCGGUCAGGGAGGGAGAUAUUCUCACCUUGCUCGAGUCCGAGAGGGAAGCCAGGAGACUUCGUUGAACAGAUGUCUCUGUUUUGUUGCAUUGUUGAUGUUUAUGUUGCAAAUAGAUGAG